AUGGCAGCUGCCAAGGCCGGGCAAGUCGGCAGGCUGCCCGCUUCCAGGAACAUCAAGACAGGCAAGGGCAACCUGGUGGUCCUCCUGCACUCUUGCUUGCAAGACAUGAACGAGCGGGUUUACUUGAAGUUGGUUCCAGACCCCAAGCUGUUCGUGCAGAAAGGAGUUUGCCAAGUUGCUCGAGGCGUGGCCAAGCAGAAGGGUGCUGCGGGGCCUGACUGCAGCGCGCAGGACUGGCGCACAGCGUGUUCCUUCUUUGAAGCCAACCCUUCAGCUACUGUGAACCAGGCCUUGAAAACCUUGCGCGGCUCGUGGCUGGCUCAACGGCCCAACCAGGCCUACUACGAGCAGCUGACUGCGACCAAUGCUUGCAAGCAUGUGAAGGAAAGGUUGACGGUCCAGCAAGCUAGCUCCAGCGCGCAAGCGUCGGCCUCUGCGGGGCCCGGCGGGAGCGCUUCUUUGCCAGCUGCCAGCUCCACAGACCAAGCUGUGUCAGCUGUGGACAAGGCCAGGAACUUGUUUGCCCACAAGCAGUGGCUCAAGAAGACGCCAACGUGCCUGGCUUGCAAGCCAGUGCCCGAGGAAGUUGAGCGAGGCAGCUUCUCCGAUAGCCAGUGGCUUGCGGGGAGCGGGAGCCGGUGCAAAUUGUGCGUGCGUGCUGCCAGUCUCAAGCAGAGCAAGCGGGCCAAGGUGUGCAAGGACUGCAACGUGGAGAAAGCCAAGGAUGACUUCUCCACCACUCAGUGGCAGCUGCCGCUCGCAACUGGGAGCUGCUGCGUGGCCUGCUGCCAAAAGCGCCUCGCGACUUCACAAACAGCAUUCACGGACUUCCGCAAGAACCAGCUCAACAGCAAGGCCAAGCCACAGCCAAUGGCGCAGGCAGCAGACGUUAUUUGGCCCGCUGCUGACAAGGCGGGUGCCCGGUGGCUGCUGGAGGCGCCGCUUCUGGCGCUGCCCUCUGAGAACCUCCAGUCCUACCAGGCCAUGCACGGUCUGCGCGGCACUGCUGACUGGACCCAGAAGAGUUUGCGUGCGGAUGAGUCCGGCAUUCCCGCUAAGCAGAAGAUAGCGCUUCUGACUGCAGCCCACGAGGAGCUGUCCCAUAUGGGCGGGCGCGAUGCCAUUGUGAAGGCAUUGGCCGCAGAGGGCAAGGAGUGCCGAACGAACACCAUGCGGGACUUGCGCAGAGCCGAGCCCCGACAUUUGCCCACGCCAGGGCAUGCAGGAGAAGUCAUUGGCUUUGACCUCAAGACAGUCAAGCCCCACAACGCCAACAAGUGGCUUAUGCUGUUGGCCGUCGACUUCUGCAGCAAGAAAUGCUGGGCUUGGGACUUGGACUAUGGCCAGGGUGACUUGCCGACCGUCCAAGGAGUGAUGCUUCGGUUCUUUGCUGAGCACGAGCUGCCCCUAGUUGUGUGGACUGACAACGGCGGUUCUUUCCGCAAUGUCAUCCAAGUCGCCCUUCAGCAAGCCAUAGGCGCUCGGCCUCGCCACAUCCCGCCGGGCAGGCCUCAGGCAAAUGGCUUGGUCGAGGUGUACAACCGCAUCCUGGAUUCUGCCCAUGCCGGCGAGCGGGCGCGCCUGCUGUCAGCGGUUGUGGCCUACAACCACAUGCCGCAAGCGCGGUUGAAACACUGGCGGGUCUUGCGCCCUGCAGAAUCCCGGCGGAGGAAUCUGCAGCUUCAAGCUCUUGUUCACGGCCCAGCGCGUGGGAUGACUGAUGCCGAAUGGCUGGGCUACUUGGACCAGGCGGACAAGUUGGACACUGACUUCUUUGUGAAGGCCGCGGACGGUUUCCACGAGAAGCUCGAGCCAGUGCGCGAGGCCAUGGCCAGCAAGCACCUGCGCCAGGCCAUGCAGAAGAACUUGCGCUAUGACUCUAAGCGCAAGCAGGCUUGUGAAGCGCCAGUGCUUUCUGGGGACAGGGUCAUCGUCAAGAACUCGCAGUACACUUCGAAAACUGGUCACGGCAAGUUCGAGACCAAGGAUGGCAAGGUCCGGGAGCACACGGUGCAGUCGGUCUCGCAAGGCUUUGUGGAACUCACGGAGGUCGGCUCUGGCGCAAGCGUGUACAAGCACGAAGCCAGCCUCAAACUGAUGCCGCAUAAGCUGCCUGCGGAUGACGGUCACGUGCCCUCACCGCCACCCAAGGUGGUCCAGGAAGCAGGCUUCAAGGAGUGUGGGCCCUUCUACAAGAUUGCGGCGCUUGCUGACGGUGCCUGUCUCUACAGGUGCUUCCACAUGGCCACGCAGUACUUGGCAGGCAUCGCGCCGCAGGCGCUGGCGCGCAAGCAGUUCGCGAAGAAGGAGACGGUGUGGAAGCUGGCAUCCGAGAUGGCCGAUGACCCGCUGUGGGCUGGCAGCGCUGCUGGAGACUGGGACUGGGGGCUAACAGUGGAGAUCUACCAGGAGGAGGCGGACGGCCUCGAGCUGAUUUGGAGAUGGUGGAGCUAUGAGGGGGGGGCCGGUGCGCUUGCUGCGUAG